CCGCUCCCCCGGGCCGGGCGGGGUCACCUUCAUGGGCGGGCGGGAGCGCGCGGCGCUGCCCGGGGCCUGCUGAGGCGGCGGCGGAGCGGCGGGAGCGGCGGGAGCGGCAGCGAUGUUCGUGCAGGAGGAGAAGAUCUUCGCGGGGAAGGUGCUGAGGCUCCACGUGUGCACCAUGGAGGGCGCCGAGUGGCUGGAGGAGGUGCCCGAGGACACCACGGUGGAGAAGCUCAAGGAGCGGUGCCUGAAGCACUGUCUUCCUGGGAGCUUGGAGGAUCCCAAAACUGUGACACAUCAUAAGCUGAUCCACGCUACUUCUGAGAAGGUGCUGACAGACACAAAAACAGUGUUGGAGGAGAACAUUCAGGACAGAGAUGUGUUGCUGCUGGUCAAGAAGCGCGCGCCGACGCUGCUCCCCAAGAUGUCAGAUGUGGUUGCAGAGGAGAAAAGGAAGCAGGAGCAGAAGGCUCCUGACAAGGAUGCCAUCCUCAAAGCCACUGCCAACCUGCCCGCCCGCAGCGUGGACCGCAGCGUGAGCCACCACAACAUGAGGGAUUUUCCUUUCUUGCAGUUCCAGACAGAGCUCCGGAAGAUUUUAGUGUCUCUCAUAGAAGUCGCACAGAAAUUGCUAGCACUGAACCCUGAUGCAGUUGAACUGUUUAAGAAGGCAAAUGCCAUGCUGGAUGAGGACGAGGAGGACAGGGUGGACGAGAUCGCGCUGCGCCAGCUCACCGAGAUGGGCUUCCCGGAGAGCAGAGCUGUCAAAGCCCUCCGCCUGAACCACAUGUCCGUCACCCAGGCCAUGGAGUGGUUGAUAGAACACGCUGAUGACCCUUCUGUGGAUGCUCCUCUGCCAGGUUCUGCUCCUGCAGAAGCCCCAGCUGAAGGUGCUGCCUCCUCUGCUGAGGCAGCUGCGGGUCCCAGCUCGGAGGAGGGCGGGGAGGAGGCCAAGGAUGAGCUGACGGAAAUCUUCAAGAAGAUCCGGAGGAAAAGAGAGUUUCGUCCAGACCCACGGGCUGUCAUUGCCCUGAUGGAGAUGGGAUUUGAUGAAAAGGAAGUGGUGGAUGCACUCAGAGUGAACAACAACCAGCAAAAUGCAGCUUGUGAGUGGCUGCUGGGAGACAGAAAACCUUCUCCAGAGGACUUAGAUAAGGGCAUUGACACCAACAGCCCUCUCUUCCAAGCCAUCUUAGAAAACCCAGUGGUACAAUUAGGGCUCACCAACCCUAAAACUCUACUAGCCUUCGAGGAUAUGCUUGAAAACCCCUUGAACAGCACUCAGUGGAUGAACGAUCCCGAAACGGGGCCGGUGAUGUUACAGAUCUCCCGGAUCUUCCAGACACUGAAUCGCACGUAGAGGGAGCUGCCAGUGCACUGUGCCACUUCCCCCUGCCCCUCACUCCCCCUCCACCUCCACGGGAGGCUGCCUGGAUGGCUGGGAAGGGGUGGAUGGAAGGGAGGGAAAGGGGGAGAUCCUGGCUGGAGGGGUCUCUCGCACGAGAGCUUUCGUAGUUACGGCCAACAGGAGUGAGUUGCCUUGUGGAUUUAGUGUUAGUGGAAGAGGUUUGAGGAUUUGUUUAUGUUUUCAGGUAUUAGGUUUAAAAUAAAGUAUAUAUAUUAAAAAAAAAAAAAAAUAGGAAAAAGGUUUUAUGAAAACACUUAAGAAUCUGAUUGUUGGAAAGAAAUACUGCUCGUUCAAAAGGCCUGUGGCAGUUUUCUGGCCAGUUUUGCUAGGAUCUGGCUGGUGUUUACAAAAGGUCACUGACCACUAGCAUAGGAUAUUAAUAAUCUCCAUACAGUAUUAAUUUAUAGCUCUUAUCAAAUUGCAAACCUGCUUUUUACAAAAAAAAAAAAAAAAAAUUUGAUUCUUAGGAAAUGUUUUUUAAGAGCCCAAAUCUUGGGAGAGCAAGCGCAUUUCUAUCCAAGCUUGUUUAUCUGGCAUUCUAAUUUAAGCAGAAUCAUUCAGAGAUGGAAUUCUAAUAAAUAGCAUUACUUUUUCCUAUUUAUUUGCUGCGUUAGUGUUGUUGCAGUCCCACUGGGGUUGUACUUACAGGAGGUUUCUGUCAGGUGCCAUAAAGGUGCAGGAUCUCUUUCACCACAGAAUUCACCACAUCAACACUUGGAUUCCCAAGUGGCUGCAAUUCCUAAGCUCACACUAUGCCAUAUCCCAUUGCAAGGAGGGAUAUGUUCACACAGUGGCCCUGCAGGAAAGGCAGAAGAGGCAAAUCUUACAGAGGAACCAGGUGGAGACCCUGUGCUUGAACAGCACAAAAGUGUCCUGUCAGACAGGGAGAUCCUGAGCAGCUCUGCAAGUCACCUCCGAGGUGUGGGAGGGGUUUGUGUGCAGUUGGGGUUUUUUUUAAAGAAAAAUGCAGCAAGAUGCAACCCGAAACCCUACAACAAGUUUUGGCCUGAACUUGGCAUCUGCUCUGUGCUGUUAUGCAGCUGAGGCACUGAAGUUGCCAAUUUCUCAUAAUUAAUAUGAAGGGUGGGGAAAUCAAAACAGCCUAAGAUUUUAUCUUGUCUUACUAUCCCAGGAUUCUUUUAUUUUUUUUUUAAUUUUGUGAUUUCAUAUUAAGCUUUACAGUUGAUGACUGCUGAAAUAUUUACUUCUACAUUUAGAAAUUCCAAGCUUUAUAGAGAUGUUUCUUCUGUCCAAAUUGGACAGUAAAACCAUUUUUGUGGGCUCUUGCUAAGAAUAGACUGACAACAUGACAUGAAAUUAUAACCUUGUCCUGGAGCCUGAUCCUGCACCCCAGUGAGCUCAGCACAGCUACUCAUGAGUUGCUGUGACUGAAUAUUGUGGUCUUAUGAAAGGUUUUGAUUAUUUAAUCCAGUUUUUUUUUUUUUUUUUGCUUACUCCUGAAGCUUUUUGCCUGUAACAAUACCAGAAGACUCUUUACUUGAAGCUCUUAAUGUUAGAGAGAAAUGUCCUUCUCUACAGUCAGGAUUGUGGUUAAUAUUCCUUUCAAUGAGUGUUUUUAGAAGGCAAAGUUGGAAAAAACUACCCUGUAGUUUGGUGAGAGGUUUUUUGGCUUCUGAAUGGAUAAGGAGAGGUUCAGACUUAGCAAACAGAUCCUUUGGUGCAGUUGUGGCCCUUGAAGAAUGUAAAAUUCCCAGCUUGGGAAAUGCUGGGUUGGAUUUCAGGAGUCCAUGGUUGGACUGUGGAGCUCAGAGGGAUAAAAGUGCUCAGAGCUGCCUCCCUUGGAAUGCCAGCACCCCUCAGUGCCACUGAGCUGGUUAUAAAGUGUGGGGAAGAGCAUCAGUAAAACAGAUUAUCCUAUGGGAUAGAAGGUGAGAAUGCCCAGGUUCAGCAGCAGCAGCUGGGAGACUGCAGGGAUAAAGGAAUUCUGCAUUUUAGGGUGCUGGGAGGCUUGAGAAGAUGUGGUUAUUUCUGGAUUUUGUUAUUCCAGAGCUCAACACUUCCACAGCUGAGGUGUUGUUUGGGAUGGCUUUAACAGAGCCCUGCUUGGCUUGUGAGAACUGAAGUUUGCAGUGGCCAAAAGCUGAAGGAGACCAGAAUUUAGGAGGUGUGGUGUUUGCAGCAAGGCACAGGAGUUGAUUCAAACCCAGCAAAAACUCCCCUGAGGCUGAAGGGAUUGAUCAAGACAUCAGUGGUGCUGGGGUGUGAAUUACACCAGGGCCUGUGUCCCAUCACCCCGGGGCUGGGAUUGCUGCUUCAUCCCAGAAAAUGCAGAGGGGAGUUGAGUCCACUGUGCUUGGAAAGGCACAGAUUGGCCCAGUUUUUAGAAAACCUGCAGAAGCUGAGGUGUCACCACUCUGGAGCUGGAACGUGCAGCCAUGGGGCACAAGGAAUGUGUGUGGCUUUGCCUGGUGAGGAACUGUGCUGUCCUUGUGUGCAGGGUGUCUGAGGGCCAGUGAGAGAGCCCUGAACACACAGGAAAGAUUUUUAUUAAAUAAAACCAGCAGGUUUUGUGAGGAGGAACUGCUCCCAGCAGUGAGGAUUUACAGGCUCAGGUCCUGUGCUUGCACCUCGGGUGUUCAAGUACAAACUAGCACAGACAUGUCAGAGUUAAUUUUCUCUUAACAUGGUCAAGGGAAUAUUUGGAAGCCUGUGAGAUGGAGCAGGAAAGGGAUGGGUGGUGGGUGACUAAUAGUGUGAUUCUUACAGUUCCUGCUCUUUGCCCCACUGGUAGCCAGACAAUCUUGUACCUUUUGAUGUUGCAGGCCUCUUGCAAGUAGCCAGCUAUUUAUUGAAAUAUAUCUAACUUAUAAUUGUGUCAUCAAAACACUGAUAUUUUUAAUGGCAAUGUACUACAUGGAAGUUUGUUCUCAGGGCUUCGUAUUUAUACUCUCUUUUUAGGGGGAUGCAUUUGAAGGGAUGUGUUUGGAAAAUAGGCCACUUUACAGCUUGGACCUUGAUUGUCCUGACCUGCGAGCCCGAGCUAGUGUAACUCUCCUGCUGAACCUCUCUCCCUGCUCCAGCCCAAAGAAUCUGCCAUUCCUCCUCUCCUGGUGAGCAGGGCCAUGAGUCUUCCUUUAGGAUUGCUGCAUCCCUCCACGGGAAUGGUCACACGGGAUCGCCCCGCUGGGCUCGGCACCAUUUCAAGGACGUUUGUGUUCUCCAUGCAGCUGCAAAAUUGACUUGCUCAGUUCCCAAAGCAGCCAUCAGGGCAUUCCUCCUCUGGGAAGGUGUGAGGUUCUCUCCUGCACGAGUUCCAAGGCCUCCAGCUCCUGGCUGCUUCUUGGCAGCUCCUGUCACAGACCUGACCCAAGGCUUGACCCCUCUUCCCCUUCCUUUCCUCCUCUCCUGGAACCAAACUUGCAUUUCAGAGGUUGAUUUUCAUAUCCAGGCAACUCUUUAGUGGUUAUUGAAAUCCUUUUUAGUUAGGACUGUUACAAUUACUUUUUUUAGGCGUUCACACCAAAACAAGCAUCGCACCAAACGAAUGUAUAGUGACACUGUCAGCAAGCAUUGCCUGUGGAAGGGGCACAGGUUACAGUGAGCUCUGCUCCUGUGGCAGUUUUCCCAAAGGCUUGUGCACAGGAUAGCCAAUGUUUCAUCCAAAGGAACCAUCCUGGUUUUCUACUUUUAAUAAUAAAUGCCAUUUUUAUUAACCAACAGAACAGCGGCGCUUCCAACUGGUAUUUCCAUCCCACUGAGAGUCCUGGAGCUUUGGGGCUGGAGAUCCUGCCUGGAUCCCCCUCUCUGGGACAGCUCCUCCUUGGAAGGAUGUGUGCUGGCUGUGGCAGGGCAGUGGGGGCAAUCCCCACCUCCCUGCACGGGGUGUUAGGUCCACGUGAAUGUUCUCACGGUGGUUCUCUCCUCCUUCCCCACAUCCAGUGUAGCAAAAGGGUUUUUUUAAGCACCUCUUGCCCUAGAUUUGAAGAUCUUCAAUGCAGAUCCUGUUUGCAGCAUGUGAACUUCAGUAAAUGUAAAUGCAUUAAAUUCUUACUGAAUUUGGGUAUAGUUUUAUAUCGUGCUCUGGGGAGAGGGAGGAAAUUGGAUCACGUUUUAAACGAAGCCCCACAAACCCAAGUGUCUCUGUUGCAGCAGGUAACAGAGGCCUGUAGAGAUUUUUAAUUUGCAUAUUUUUAUCAUGGCUUAAUGAACUGUACACGAAUGUGAUUUGCUACCCAGCACUUCCCACGAGGCAGCACCAGUAAAAUUACAUUGCAAGGUACUGACUUCACAUUUUCUCAUUUCACCUGUGUAUACAGCAAUUAGGUACCGCAUAGGAUAACUUUGAUCUGGCUCUGAUGCCGGUGUGUGGCAUGCACAGCUCUUCCUAAGGUGUGACAUUACUUUUCUGAAGCUUAAACUAGGGCAGACGUCCCUGAGCCUGUGGAAUUCGGGAUUCAUUCUGGCCAGGCUCGCGUGGGUCGCUGACCUCUCCCUGAGCAGGAAAACCAGCAGGAUUUGCUCCCUGCAGAAAUCCUCCAGGCCAAAAGCAAGGAAUGCUGCUAAAUUGUGAACAUUUUAAGCAGUUGCUGUUCUGAAAUAUAUUCCUGGAAGUCAGGGAGGUGUUGGCAAAGCCAGACCUGUUCAGCCCAGAAUUGUUUUGUGUGGAGACGUGGAACCCACGGCCGGGGCUGGAAUGAAUGCUGAGGCUUUAAACCUGCUCACACAUAACCCCAGACACUGAUGUUGUGUGUGCUGUACAUUUAUAAUAUAUCUUCAAAAUAAAGUUUUUUGAUUUAUUACAAA